GCUUCCGUCUUAUGGGGCCAGGAAUGGGGGAGGCGAGAUGAGCCCAACUGAGGCUGAAAGUCCGUGAGAAUUUCCUAACGCAGAGCUGUCCCAAAGCGUGAGGCGGGGAGCUCCUGGUCGCAGGAAAUGACCAUCGUCCAGCCGGACGAGCUCUAGUCUAGACGUGUAGACGGUAUUCUCGGUCGGGAAGGGGUUGGACUAGACGUUUUCCAAGACCAAGACCUUCCCGCCUGCGGCCCACGACCAGAGCCGGGACCGAAUUUCUGGCCUACGCGUGGGGAGGUGGAGAGGACUCGGAUCAAAGGCCAGGGCAAGGCCCUCCCAUCGUUCCAGGCUGUUUACCCCCAAUUGGUCGGCGUGUCCAUGCGUGUUGACGUCACGAGCACCGCCCCGGCGCUAUAAGGGCCGUUCGCCAGGGCGUGGCGUUCUUUCCCCUACGGUUCUGAAGCUAGCAAGAGGCGCGACUUAGCGUCCUAGUAGGCCAAGAUGCCGGUCGCUAGAAGCUGGGUAUGUCGGAAGACGUAUGUGACGCCGCGGCGGCCCUUCGAGAAGUCUCGCUUGGAUCAGGAGCUGAAGCUAAUCGGUGAGUACGGGCUCCGCAACAAGCGCGAAGUGUGGCGAGUCAAGUUCACGCUGGCCAAGAUCCGCAAGGCGGCCCGGGAGCUGCUCACUCUCGAUGAGAAGGACCCGCGGCGUCUGUUCGAGGGCAAUGCCCUGCUCCGGAGGCUCGUCCGCAUCGGCGUCCUGGACGAGGGCAAGAUGAAGCUGGAUUACAUCCUGGGGCUGAAGAUCGAGGACUUCCUGGAGCGGCGCCUGCAGACGCAAGUCUUCAAACUGGGCCUGGCCAAGUCCAUCCACCAUGCCCGGGUGCUCAUCCGCCAGCGGCACAUCAGGGUCCGAAAGCAGGUGGUGAACAUCCCGUCCUUCAUAGUGCGCCUGGACUCCCAGAAACACAUCGACUUCUCCCUGCGCUCGCCCUACGGGGGUGGCCGGGCAGGCAGGGUCAAGAGGAAGAAUGCCAAGAAGGGCCAGGGCGGAGCCGGUACUGGGGACGACGAGGAAGAAGAUUAACCGUGUGGCCCCCUCCCCCUAAAAGCCGGAUUACUUUGAAAUAAAGCGCUUUGGCCUCGCCA